AUGACAAACCCUCCUCCUUCCCAUCUCCCCCCUCACCCCCUCUCCAGGAGCUGCGGCGGGGGCCUGCUGGAGAGGAUAGCGGCCUUCUUCGGCAACGGCGGCGCUCACGGCGCCGCGCCGCACGCGGCGGCGCCGGGCUGGGGCCGCGCCGCGGGAGCUUCGAUGGCGGAGCUGUCGCUGGGCCCCCAAGGCGGACGGGCGGGAGCAGAACCAGCCGAGCGCCGAGGCGAGGAGCCGCCGCUCGCCGCCCCGGGCGGCGGGCCGCCGCCCGGCCCCGACGAGGACGGCCUGGACGCGCAGGCGUGGGACGUGCGGCGCGGCGGUGCAGACGAGCCCGGCGCCGGAGCGCUGCUGGCGGCCCAGGCUGCGCGGGGCGGAGCGACCUGGUGA